AAUAUUGAUGUGGCUUCUGCUGGAGGAUUAAUUCCAUUUCUUCGUAUACUUCAUGCGCAACAAGGAGCAACGGUCACAUCGAAUCUUCCUUUUGAAAAUGCAAUUUCUGUGGUGGACUCUGAUGUAAUGAAAGCAACUUUAACUAUCGGUGACAGACCUAUUAAAUUAUUCGAAUUUUUGGAAUUUUUGGGAAAAGAUAACCUUCAAGUCUUUGAUGCCGAGAGAGCUUCUAAAUUUAGAAAAUUGACCGGAUCCGCUUUUGGUCAGGAAGCUUUGGAGACCAAAUAUGAAGAUAUGCAAAAUAUUGGUGUUGAGUUUAUCAAGCGAUGGGAAGCAAGUUUGAAUUCGCAAAACGAUAUUAUUAGAAUGCAAGAGCAAUGCCUCGAAUUUUCAUUGCGAGUAACCGCAAAAGCUCUUAUAAGUGCCGAUACGUCUCAGGAUUUAGACUUUAAAAAAUUUCAACAAUCUUAUGACGUCGUGUUGAGUGGCACGUUCGAUAAACAAUUUGGUAUUCUCGACGAUCGUCGUGAAAAAGAAUUCCAAAACUCACUCGAUACUUAUCGUGCUAUACUUGACAAGCUUAUUAAUGAUAGGAAGAAUAGGAACAUCGAAGUAGAAAAUAUGCAUUUCAAAGAUUUUCUUGAUAUUUUAGUAACGGAAAAUGAUCCAAAAACUGAGCGUCCGUUUAGUGAUGAAAUGUUAAGAAGUUUGGUGGGCGUAUAUUUGACGGCUGGAUAUCAUACUACUGGUGUUGCAAUUCCUUUUACUCUAUUCGCUUUAACACAGAACCCUGAAGUUAAAAUAAAACUUCAAGAGGAAAUUGACGAAAUGUUACAAGAUCGGUUACCAACACUAGAAGACUUAUCCAAGAUGGAUUAUCUAACACAAGUGGUAAAAGAAGCUCUUCGAGUUCAUCCGCCAGGUUCUUUCUGCGCUCGUUUAUUAAAAACAAGAUCAGCUCUCCCGAAAUCAUUAGAAAAUGUCAAAGUUCAAGAUGAAAACAUUACAUUAUUAUAUUGUAUUCCAUUAUAUCACGAGAAUCCGUUAUAUUUUGCUAACCCAAAACAGUUCAAUCCAUCUCGAUUUUCACGAGAAAACAUAAAGAGUAUUAAACCAAACACAUACUGUCCAUUUGGAUUUGGAGCUCGAAUUUGUCCGGCAGAGAGAUUCGCUAUGGUUGAUAUCAAAAUGAUGAUCUGUAUGAUUUUACAAAAAUUUGAUAUCGAAUUGGCUAUGCCAAUAGAAGAAGUAAAAAUGGAAGAAAGAUUUACUGUUAUGGCUAAAAAUGAUAUUUUGGUAAAACUUAAACCAAGGAGUAGUAGAAAUGCCUAA